GGAUGCAAGUAGCUGGCUGAGCUGUCUAACUCUCUCUUAAGUUGGAGGAGGAUAGUCUCUUCAAACAUUGUCCUUUUCUCGAGCGUAGAUUACGGUAGUGUUGUGAUCUUCACAGGACGACUUCUUUACGUGCUUCCGUUUGGGUCUCAGCGAAAAGAACUGGAGUUGUGAUGAACGUGCUUUCCAGAGGUACUGAAGUCCAACAUCAAAUGAGAAUUUCACUCUAUGCUCCCAAGGAUACGCACUUCACGCCCAUGAUCGUACCUCCCGCGAGACGAUCUAUGAUCCAACCCGGAGCCCAUCCCACAUGGUCAUUUAGCGCGCACAGAAGAAGUUUGAAAGGUCGAGACUGUCAGUCAACGUCUAAAGCCCGUGCAAUCGAAUUUGGAGCGAUGGCCAUUUUCGAUCCUCCUCCAUGCCUUGUGAGGAACAUUCGGGAGGAAGCAUGACCGCAUUCUGUGCUCUGUAGCAAACGGGUUAUGAUGGUGAAAUCUGAGACUCCAAGUCGAGUGUGGCAUCGCGUGUCAGUACAACCCAACCCCCUCUCUCUCUCUGUCUGCGUUUCGGCACGGGAAAGAAUGACGGACUCGGUCGAUCUAGUCUUUUCAUACGAUGUGGACUUCAGUCAGCAGAUCCGAUCACACAGCGGAGCAGAACCUGACGUGGUCGGUAAAGAUGGAUGUGAAGGCACGCAGAGCAAUGGCGACGUGGCGAAACAAGGCCGAAUGUAUUCGGGUCUCGGCCCAUUCCGAGUCGAGAUGGCUUGGAAGUCACUAGUGCUCCUCUUCGCCUGUUGUUUGGGAGCUGGACGGCGAUAAUUUUAACUGGGCUCAAGAGCGAGCAGACUUAGUGCGUUGUGUCGGGGUCAGAUCUGGUCACGUUUCGUCAGAUGUUGAACAUCAUUACUCAUUUCAAGUGAGUAGUGGGCUCCAUUUUAAUCACAAAUGAGUCAUUUGUUAUAGAUACGGGGACAGCCCCGAUAUCAUUGGUGCAACCUUGUCACUGACAUCCUCAGCAGCCUCCCUCUCCCCUACCUGCUCAUCUCCAAUUUCUACGUACUACUCUAGUUCUGCGAACAAGGUACAUAAGUUUACACACAUUCCAUCCUCAUGGAUACACAGUUGACAAUAUAGGUGAUCGAGAUACGAAUUUCAAUCUUGAACUGCUCACAACUUACUUUGCACCCGGUAAAUCUUAUUAAGAACUCCAGGUAUAAGUUACUAAUUUGAUUUUACAAAAUUCAGUGUUUGACCGAUUUCCUGGCCACAGAGCUCCAUUCAUGGAUCAGCACAAAACAAGACUUUAGGAGUUCUUUAUCAUUUUGUUGUUGUUCUUCGUAGAGCAAGCAUUGUAAUGUCUCGUACAAGAAAGAAGCAGGUACUCAACACCUCUGGCCAGAUCAUUAAAACUUUCCAAUAUCCGAAAACCUGCGCAUCGAGCACUGCAAACGAGGAAAGUCUCCUCUCGUAGCGGCCCCUGUGUUGUAUCGUGUGUUGGGUUUCUUAUUUCCCAAAUCCUUUUGGAAUUUCGUGAAAAUGUGGCCACUGUCCGUCUCGAAGGCAAAGGCAUGUCUACUCGAACAGAAAGUUUUCAAUGUCCGAAGUCAGAAUCGAUCCAAAAAGCCGUAUAUGAGCUGAGCAAGGCCGGACAGGCGCUUGAUUCCUCGGAUUUCUCCACAGCAUCUGCUGUAUUGGGGUGUAAUGCGUGGAUCGUCGAUGUUAAAGCUGCUCUGUCAACGGUGAGCAAAAGCGCUGAAGAACAAAACGAAGCUGACUCCUUUGGCACCGCUCUUGCCUCACUGCAAACAGCCGUGUCCGCAAAAGAUACAGAGGGGUCGAAAUCCGCAUUCGUGGCAUCAGCUAGUACUCUUGAGAAAUGGUCAUCCUUGACUGGUUUUUCAGAGCAAAUCAAGGGCUUGUGAUUUCUAAUUUGCCGAUAUUUUUCCUCUCAACAUGGCACUGUUACGGUUUCCUUCAAUUUUUUCUUCUGUUUCACAAUCGGGCUCGAUGCGUGU